CUGGAGGAGGAGGAGAAUGAAUGGGAGGCGAUGGCGCUCAUUAGCCACCAGGCGCAGUUCCAAGCGAGCGCACAGUUAAGCGGCGGAGGAUCAUGUGGUGGUGGGGCUAUCUGGCCGUUUUAGCGGCGCCGGCGUUCUUCUUCGUCCUGUACAAGGUGCUGAGCGGUCGGAACCGCUCGCCGAAUCCCUUCCCGGCAGACUCCCGGCGGCCGCCCUCGCCUCUGGUGACCGACAAAGACGCGCGGAAGAAGGUUCUCAAACCAGUGUUCUCCCAGGACAAGGUUCCUGACCAUCUAGAUGCCAUUGUCAUUGGAAGUGGCUAUGGAGGCCUGGCUGCAGCUGUGGUCCUCUCCAAAGCUGGGCGGUGUGUGCUGGUCCUGGAGCAGCACGGGAAGGCAGGGGGCUGCUGCCACACUUUCAGUGAUAAGGGCUUUGAGUUUGAUGUAGGUAUCCAUUAUGUCGGGCAGAUGCUGGAGAAUUCUUUUUCACGCAUGCUUGUUGACCAGCUUACAGAAGGACAGCUCCAGUGGGCGAAGAUGGAGUCUCCCCUCGAUGUGGUCAUUCUAGGAGAUCCUGAAAAUGGCAAGAAGUAUUACAUGUACAGUGGGCAGAAGGAACACGUUGAUGGCUUGAAGAAACAGUUUCCAGAUGAAACGGCUGCUAUUGACAAAUUUAUAACGCUUGUAAAGAAAACUGCCAGAGGAAUUAGCCACAUGACUCUCCUGAAAAUCCUCCCGAUGCCCUUGGUCAGGUUUCUGAUCUCUACUGGCUUGCUGUCCUCUAUCUCUCCAUUCUGUAGGAUGAUAUCCAAAAAUCUUUCAGAAGUCAUCACCGGGCUCACAACAAAUGCAGAUUUGAAAGCAGUGUUCAGUUAUAUCUUCCCUACCUAUGGAGUGAUUCCCACUCAGACCAGCUUCCCUCUGCAUGCGGUCAUUUAUGAUCACUACUUGAAAGGUGGCUGGUAUCCUCAAGGGGGACCCAGUGAAAUUGUAUUCCACUCCAUCUCCAUCAUUAAACGGGCUGGAGGGGCAGUCCUUACCAAAGCGCCUGUCCAGAGCAUUUUGGUGAAUUCCCAAGGGAAAGCCUGUGGUGUAAGUGUUAAGAAAGGCCAGGAUGUAAUGAAUAUCUUUGCUCCUGUUGUGAUUUCGGAUGCUGGUAUCUUCAACACCUACAACCAGCUCCUGCCAGAAAAAUUACGCACUUUGCCAGGUGUUCAGCGCCAGCUGUCCAUGGUGCAGCACGGCAUUGGAGGGUUCACAGUCUUCAUAGGACUCAGAGGCUCCAAGGAGGAAUUGGGACUGGAAGCCAAAAACUAUUAUGUCUACCAUCAGAACAACAUUGAUGAAGCGUUCAUCUCAUACAUAAACUCAUCAAGAGAAACUGCUGCGAAGCGAAUUCCUUUUUUGUUCAUUGCUUCUUCGUCUGCUAAGGACCCCCUAUGGGAGAAGAAGUAUCCAGGCAAGUCCACUCUAAUCGUCCUGACGGCUGCGAGGUACGAAUGGUUUGAGGAAUGGAAGGAAGAGCGGGUGUCCAAGAGGGGAGCAGAUUAUGAAGAUCUCAAAAAUACUUUUGUUGAGGCUGUGAUGGAAACUGUAUAUGGCAUUUAUCCUCAAAUAAAAGAUAAGGUUGAGCACGUAUCUGCAGGGACUCCUCUCUCCAACAAGCAUUACAUAGCUGCUCCACAAGGAGAAAUGUAUGGAGUAGAUCACUGCUUCUCUCGCAUGCAGGUUGAUGUCAUGGCCACGAUCAGACCUCAGAGCCCUGUCCCAAACCUCUACUUGACAGGUCAGGAUGUUUUUGUUGGAGGCUUUAUGGGAGCCCUGCACAGUGCCCUGCUCUGUGCUUCUGCUGUCCUGCACCGCAAUGUCUACGCUGACCUUGUCCAGUUGUACCGCAGAAUCAAAGUCAAGAACUCCAAAAAGCAAAACUGAGCCUUUGCUUGCUGAAAGGUCCUCAACUCCUCUGCAGGCAGUUGUGGAAAUUGUUUUGAAACUUGUCCUGCGUUUGAUGCUGCCAAGAGGGUCUCCAAACGAGCCAAGCCUCGAGGUUCUGCUGUUGUGAACUGACCCAGUGAAUAAACAUGACCCUGGGCCACGCUGCAGUGAUGAUAUAUGGCUACAUCUAGCUGUCGUGCUGGUUUGGCACUGGCAGUCUGGCUGGCUGGCUCUCUGUGGAGGAGGAGUACAGCAGCUGCCUGAAGCCUUAUUGGUUUCUUUUUCAUUUUUAUUUGUGGUGAUUGUCAUGACAUCCUGUGACCAUAUUGUCCCUGUAGUAAGAGAGGUGUGAAUCCAAAUAAAUGUUCCUUUGCAAGGAAAGAGCUUCUCUGAUAUGGGGUAGACCAAGAAUAUCUCUACCUCUCACCGUGUAUAAGAUGCUGCAUUUUGAGUUGCAGCACCGAUAGUUGUCCUGGGUGGACGCUGUAAAAUGAGUUUAUAAAAAAAUAGUACUGUGGAACAGUAUAGAAACUGGAAUUAAAAAAAAUAGUGAGCUGGGGAUGUGGACAGAAAAAAACAUUAACCUAAAGAUUCUAAAAUAUUGAACAGAUGCCUUGAAAAAGAUUGGUGGUAGCUUAGAGAGGGGAGAGGAGAGAAAAAGGAAAUAUUUUAUAAUAUUCUGUUUCCUGCAGUGGUCUCUAAUAAAGGCUGUUUUGAAACCCA